GGAGUCUAGCCUGCGCCAUAGCUUCAGGAUGGUGGGCAGCUGGUGGGCCGUCUUCUGCGCCAUCCUUGGACUCUGCUCAGGGCAGUACGCACCAGAUCUCAUCUCUUCUCUCCCAGGAUUGUCUGAAACACCAGCCUUCCAACAAUGGUCAGGAUAUCUCCAAGCAGGCUCUGGCCAGUAUUUCCACUACUGGUUUGUGGAGUCUCAGGGCAACCCAGCUGCUGAUCCUGUGGUGCUCUGGCUAAAUGGGGGACCUGGCUGCAGCUCGAUGGAGGGAUUCCUGGCUGAGAACGGACCUUUCCACCUGCAUGAUGAUGGCACGCUCUACUUGAACCCUGACAGCUGGAACAAAGUGGCCAACAUGCUUUAUGUGGAAUCUCCAGGUGGAGUGGGCUACUCCUAUGCCGUGGCUUAUGGAAAUUCCAUCAACGAUAGCCAGGUUGCUGAAGAGAACUACCAGGCCCUCCAGAGCUUCUUUGCCAAAUUUCCAGAUUUUGCCAACAACAAUUUUUAUAUUUUUGGGGAAAGCUAUGCUGGAGUCUACGUCCCCACUCUUGCUGCCAAGAUCGCGGAGGGAUCAGCAGCCAUCAAUCUGAAGGGAUUUGGGGUUGGCAACGGCCUGUCCAGCUAUUCCCUCAAUGAUCUGACACUGAUGGAAUUUGCCUACUUUCACGGAGUGCUGGGGGAUGACCUGUGGUCGUCUCUUACGGAAAGCUGCUGCACUGGAGGAAAUUGCAAUUACUACAACAAUGACAACAAUGACUGCAUUGCAGCAAUAUCAGAAGCCUACAGACUUAUUUAUGGAAUUGGCCUCAACAUGUACAACCUUUAUGCUUCUUGCUGGGGAGGUGCAGACUAUCAAAGUCGCUACGAAGCUGACCUGUCCAACCUCUUCCGCCAUUAUCAGUUCAAUGUCCCGGUACCGAAAAUCGGCUCUAUCCCAGGAGUGCCUAAAUGUAUAAAUGCCACUGCAAUGUAUGUCUGGCUGAAUCGAGAUGAGGUCCGGCAGGCUCUUCAUAUCCCCAGCACUCUGCCCAAUUGGGAGCUUUGCAGUUCACAGAUAUCUGCCACCUACCAAAGACAAUAUAUGGAUAUGACUCCCUUCUACAAGUUUUUGUUGACACAAAAACUUCAUGCUCUGGUUUAUAAUGGCGAUGUGGACAUGGCAUGCAACUUUUUGGGGGGUGAACAAUUUGUUGAGGCUUUAAAUCAACCUGUGCUUAGUGAGUAUCAGCCAUGGUACUUCAAUGAUCAAGUUGCUGGAUUUUUCAAGGAAUACAAAAAUAUCACAUUCCUCACUGUAAAGGGCGCCGGACACAUGGUGCCGCAGUACAAGCCUGGCCAGGCCCUGAAGAUGUUCCAGUGCUUCCUUUCGCGAACCAGCUACGUCUGAUCCGCGCCCGGAGGAGAGCGGCGGCCCGGACCCUUCGGCGAGGGAACUUAUUAAAAAGCCCUGACGAACCGC